CUCGCCAUGCCCUCCGACGACGCCGAGCCCGCGCGCGAUGCGAAAGCGAAGCCUCAGACGUUCGAAGAUCUCGGCGUGUGCGCCGAGCUCGCCGACGCGUGCGCGAAAAUCAUGGGUUGGCGCGCGCCGACGCCCAUCCAGUGCGCCGCCGUCCCCGAGGCGCUGCGCGAGCGCGACGUCAUCGGACUCGCGCAGACGGGGUCGGGAAAGACGGGCGCGUUCGCGUUACCGAUACUGCAAAGCCUGCUGGACGCGCCGCAGGGAUUCCACUCGUUGAUACUGAGCCCGACGCGGGAGCUCGCGAUGCAAAUCGCAGAGCAAAUCGAGACGCUGGGCGCGGGCGUCGGCGCGAGGACGGCGACGCUGGUGGGAGGCGUGGACAUGACGACGCAGGCGAUAAAGCUGGGAAAAAGACCGCACGUCAUCGUCGGGACGCCGGGGCGAGUGGUGGAUCACUUGGAGAACACGAAAGGGUUCAGUUUGCGCGCGCUCAAGGUGCUGGUGCUGGACGAGGCGGAUAGGUUGUUGAAUUUGGAUUUCGAGGAGGAGAUUGAUAAGAUAUUGCGCGUGAUUCCGAGCGAUCGUCGCACGCAGUUGUUCAGCGCGACGAUGACGAAUAAGGUGGCGAAGUUACAGCGAGCGUGCCUGCGAGAUCCGGUCAAGGUGGAGGUGAGCGCGAAGUACUCCACGGUGGAGUCGCUGAAGCAGCACUAUCUCUUCAUUCCGGCGAAGCACAAGGAUUGUUACGCGACGUAUCUGUUCAACGAACUCAGCGCGUCGACGCUGAUCGUGUUCGCGCGGACGUGCGACGCGACGCGGAAAUUGGCGCUCAUCGCGAGGAAUUUGGGGUUCGGCGCCGUGCCGAUUCACGGGCAAAUGUCGCAGCCCAAGCGCAUCGCGGCUUUGCAAAAGUUUAAGAGCGGCGAGCGGAAUAUUCUCAUCGCCACCGACGUCGCGUCGCGCGGUUUGGACAUUCCCUCCGUAGAUGUCGUCAUCAACUAUGACGUGCCACAAAAUAGCAAGGAUUACGUGCACAGAGUCGGUCGCACGGCGCGCGCCGGUCGCUCGGGAUUGGCAGUGACCAUGGUGACGCAAUACGACGUCGAACUGUAUCAAAAGAUCGAGCGAUUGAUCAACAAGAAGUUGGACAAGUAUCCGCUCGAAGAGGAGGCGGUUAUGCUUUUAUACGAUCGCGUCAACGAGGCGCAGCGAAUCGCGAUUCAACAGAUGCGCGACCAGGACGAGCGCAAGGGCAAGGGCGCCAAGCGCGGCUUCAAGGACGACGACGACGCCGACAAAAUGCUAAACAUUCUCGGGAAGAAGGAUUACGGCGGCGGUGGCGGUCGGGCGCGCGUCACCAAGCAAAGCAAGCUCAACGGCGCGAAAGGUCCGCCGAGGCGUUUCUAGCGCGAC